UGAAACUCCUCUCCCUUGGUUGGCAUUGAAAACCCUAGCUGCGCAGCCUCUGUCUCGUCUUUUGCAGGCGAAGCUCAGGCGGAGAGGCAGAAGCUAAAGUAGUGACCUCAAGGAGCGUUCUUCAUCUCAGGCCAUCAACAUGGGGCGCAUGCACAGUCGCGGUAAGGGUAUUUCCGCUUCGGCUCUUCCCUAUAAGAGAACCCCACCUAGCUGGUUGAAGAUCUCUGCUCAGGAUGUUGAGGAGAACAUUUGCAAGUUUGCCAAGAAGGGUCUAACGCCAUCUCAAAUUGGUGUUAUUCUUCGGGACUCUCACGGUAUUGCUCAGGUGAAAAGUGUGACUGGGAACAAGAUUUUGCGGAUACUGAAGGCCCAUGGUCUUGCUCCUGAAAUACCAGAAGACCUGUACCACCUGAUUAAGAAAGCUGUUUCAAUUAGAAAGCAUUUAGAGAGGAACAGAAAGGAUAAAGAUUCUAAAUUUAGGUUGAUCUUGGUUGAGAGCAGGAUCCAUCGCCUUGCUCGUUACUACAAGAAGACAAAGAAGCUUCCUCCUGUCUGGAAAUAUGAAUCUACAACUGCUAGCACUCUUGUUGCUUAGAGGGGGAGGUUUAUGAUGAUGACUAAAUGGUCUAUUACAUGCCAUGUUUUGUGGUGAAGAUGUCUGGUCUUAGUUCAGGUUUUGUCUUCAGUGUACUUUUUUCACCAGUAAAAUUAAGUUCUUGUUACUCUCAUGUUAUCAUCAAAUUUUGAUGCUCAACGAAGAUUUGUGAUGAAAGCUUUGGAUGAUGGGUUAAUUUUGACGAUCAAUUAGUGACUGCU